AUGGUUGUUUGUCAGAUUAUGAGCAUUGUCCUUGGUUUGUGGAUGAUUGACGCACGAGAGAUGGCCGAAGUGAAAGAGAUAGCAAAAGAAGAAACAGAAGAGGAACCACCGCAGCUAAUAGAAGUCGAUGAAGAUGAAAUUGAGUAUCAACCAGAAUUAACUAUAGACGCAGUGUCACUAAUUCGAACCCGGCUUCACGUAGAAGCAUUUACUCUAGCCCGGAUUCUUUUAAAUGCGUGGUUAAUCCGGGCUUUACUAGAAGAUGUUGAUGAGAUCAUCGAUUUGGUUGGUGGACUAACUCUGUUAUCGAGACAGACCGCCCAGGAGAUAUUGCAGCUAUUGAUAGAUCAAGUUACGCCGCCCAACGAUACCCCGCCUCUUCCAAUAGAAUUCAGGGGGCCAUUAGAAGAUCUCGCUAGCUUCAUGGCCAUAUCUGUAGGUGUGACAACAUCGCAAAUGCUACCGGCGUUGGCAGACGCCGCUAAAACCAUAAGAGCGGUUCUAGCCGACGAUAUAAUAGCAGCCCAAGAAAAGAAGGCAGCACUAAAAGCUAAUCCAGACAGUCCUUCUCAACCCGGCCUGGUCGAUAGAUUGCUAAGCAAUCUGCAUGUUGACCAAGUCCAGGCUGUAGUCCAAGCAAAAGCACGACUCCAAGUGCAAAUUGCUCAUCAAGAAGCGAAACAAAAGAGAUGGGACCAAUGUAUACUAGGGCCACUAUAUACGAGCGCGGCUGAUAAUUCUGAACCCAAAGAAGAAGAACGACUGUUAGAAUGGCCUUUCACCGAUGAGGAGAUAUUACUUCUUUACUUCCUUUUCUUGGCUGAUAAGAACCCUCGCUGCCUAGGCAAGAGGGUACUGCUUCAGGAAAGAUGUAGGCUCUAUGCCAGCUCGGGGGCAGCUGGGCAGCUUGAACUGUAUGUUCGUAAUCGAAUGGACAAUUACUGUAUUAUAAUAUUUGACAUGUGGAGCGACCACGAUUUAACAAACUUAUUGAAUAUUCUGAAAAGACUCGACCAGUUCAACCUUAAGGCACAUGGCAUUUCUAUCAGUCAUCCUAACUUGGACUUAGUUGGUUCUAUUUUAUAUCGACUCUUGUCAAUAAUCCGAAUUCCUGAUCUUCGUAAGCGCACUAUAUUCUAUGUUACCAUAGAUUUAAAGGGUAGCGCAAUCUGUCCUGCUCCUUUGUCCCCCGAACGAAGUCGUCUGCAACAGAUGAUGGAAGCCCAAAUGUCAAUGAUAGAUAGGCCGAUGUAUAAUAUUGGGCUAACGAUUAAAAGGUAUACCAAAGCCAUUGGGGAGAUUGUCCAUCCAAUCCUAACCAAACUUCCAAUAACCGCUUUUAAGCUUGAAGCCCCCAAGAUUAAAAAGAUAGAUUUUCUUGAUAAGAUCAACUGGCAAGACAGCUACACCCUUGAACUGCACAUUUGUGUUACAAAUACCACUAUCAUUUUCCCGCCCCCGCCCAUAGAUAAAACAACUAAAAAGCCCUUGAUCUGCACGCAGCUACGUAUUAUCACUAUUUCUCAAAUGAACCAAUCCCCCCACUCUACAUACAUUCAAUAUCCCUUGGUUAGGCUUUUGGGGCUUACCCAAUAUUUCCAUCCGACCGAUCCUGUCCUUAUAAACACAGCAGUAGUCGCUUUCCUAUACCUCUCCUUUGAUGUUCUAAUGUCCUAUGCCACCAUUGAUCUAGAUCAAUCAAUAUGCAUUUAUGAGCUUUUCGUGUUGAAUAUUCCAUUCGCCUUCACUCCCGAAGAUAGCGCGGAGUUUCAUACUAAACUGAAUGACAUCUACAGGAAUGGGCCCAAUUAUCUUUCUCUCACCGACCCCGCACCGACCCUGUACAUACCCAAUAUCAAAGUGAACCGCCUGACUUUUUCUCUAGAAUCGUUUGACCACCCCCAAGAUCCUAUUGAUCUUAAUGUUAUGCUAAAGUGCUUCCCUUACCUUCUAUUCGAUGCGUCCGCAAUGCCAUCUAUAAGCAACCCGUCAAUAAGUCUAUCUCGGUAA